UUGUCCUUCCGAUGCUUGACGCCCCCGGUCGGACCACUCAGUCAUUCCUGUCUUGCCAAACAUGCACUUCCCUCCGGUAGCUCGGGUAUAUGCACCACUAAUAGGCGCGAGCAGCCAACCCACAGAGUAUACCAGAUUUUUUCCCCAAAACACACGCAAAUUGUCCGGUUUUCUGUAAUCACCUCUUCGACUCCCCACCUCUGCAAAGGCAGCAAAAACAGAGCACAUUUACUCUUUUUCAAGAUGCACUCGCCCUGGCCUACGUACAUGUCACCCAAGGGGGGGGGUAUUUUCAAUUGGUUCACACUCCAUUCGGGGGUGUGCACGACUGGGAACAGGCAGAAUGGGCUUUUGGGCUUCAGUCUGCAGGUCCCUGGUACAGGCUGGCCAGGCGAACGAGGCUACGCCACUUGUCUGCGGGGCACGAGGCAUGAAAACUUGCGACGGCGUGGCCUGAACCUAAUCCCAGACAUCAACAACCCAAAUUCACCCUUUUCGCCGCCAGGUUUUAGUUAUUCUCACCCCCAAGUCGACAGACAGCCUAACUGGUUUCCACAUGCCGGUCCUCCUCCACUCAAUCAAAAACACACGAUAUCUUCUCCAUGA